CGUACCGGAAGAAAACUCCACACAGAGAGAUCCCAGCCAGGAUUUGAACCAGGGUCUUCUCACUGAGGCUAAAGCACUGUGCAGGCCCCAUCAGAAUACAUUUGAGACACAGAGCUGAAUAUUUUAAUACACUUUACUAAUUUGAUAGGAAAUAAUUAAAGGUAGCCUUUCUGUUAUUUAUUCUCAUCUAAACAGGACUUUAUGUAUUUUUGAUGAGAAUUUCUUAACAGCAAAGUUCUGACUCAUACAGCAAUCGUUUCUCACACUUCCACUUCUUUGUUUUGUUUACCUCAGGGAAAAAUGGGAGUGGUGUUGUUGGAAUACCAUUUCCUGAUCUUCCUGAAAGAAGUCAGUAAUGCUUAUGUCUUGAUUUCCCAAUGUCAGUUUUCAGUAAUCUCUGAAUGAGGUGUUGUUUUUUCCUUCAUUUUGCCAAACUUUUGUUUUCUUUCAGAGACAGUGAAAGCUUUGUUUUCUGCGUGACCAGACUUAUUCCAGUGGAGUUACUUGGGGAGGAAAAAAACCUUUUAAGAUGAUUCCAGGAGCCUCUCUUGCACUUAUUUUUUUACUCGUUUUGGUAAACUCUUCUUUUAGCCAGGAGACAGGUGAGCUGUGCUUUUCCAAAUUCAAAAAGGGAAAGGAAGGUUUUGUUCUCGACAUCGAGGAGUCUGGGAAACACGGAGCCACGUUCAUCUCUGCGCUGAACCGGUCUCAAGAAAAGGACUGUGUGGCCGCCUGCUGCAAGGAACCAAAGUGCAACCUGGCCUUCAUGCAGAGAGGAGAUGAGGAGAAUCCGAUUCAGCCUUGCGUCAUGUUCAAUUGUCUGUACAAGACCGAAUACGUCUGCCGCUUUGUGAGAGAGCAGGGAUUUAGUAUUUACAUCCUGGAUUCUGUGUAUGAAAAACAUCUAAAACUGGAAAAUGAACAAAUACCAGAUGCUCCACCAGUUGCCAACGGUGGACCCGAUAUUGUGGUCCAGCCAAAUGAAACAGUGGCACUGAAUGGCAACCAGAGCAAAGACGACAAAGGAAUUGUCACUUAUUUGUGGGAAAUGGUCUCUCCAUAUCCUUUUGCUGUCAUAGAGACCACCAGAAAUGCUGACCAGGUUCUGGUUUCCAAUUUAACUGCUGGGAGAUACAAGUUCAAUUUAACGGUCACUGACACAAUCGGUCAGUCCGAUUCAACUGUUGUUACCGUCCUGGUCCUCACCCCUGAUCAAUCUGAGCAUCGUUGUUUUGCUCCAAAGAAAGUCGGGCCAUGUCGUGGAUCUUUCCCUCGCUGGUACUAUAACGCUGCCUCUCAAAGAUGUGAGAAGUUUGUUUUUGGAGGCUGCAAGAAGAACCAAAACAAUUAUCUUACUGAGAAGGAGUGCACUACGGUCUGCAAUAACACAGACAAAAGAAGCAGCACUGAGUCACCAGUCACUGAAGAAAAGUGUGGAGCUGUUUGCGGCCCAGAGAGCUUCACUUGUGCCAAUGGCUGCUGUUUAGAUCGAGAGCUUGUCUGUGACUCAAUCCCACAGUGUUCAGAUGGCUCAGAUGAACAAAACUGCAACAGACUCACCUGCCGUAAGGGGUUUUGGCUUCGAAAGCUACAAAAAGACAAAGAGUUCUGCACCAAAACUCCAGACACAGGGACGUGCAGGGAUAGCUACAGGAAGUGGUACUACGACCCUUACCUGGAGGAUUGUUUACCCUUCAACUACAGUGGUUGUGGAGGAAAUGAGAACAAAUUUCUCUCAAAGGACGACUGUCAUUUUUUUUGCCGUGGAGUAACUAAAGAGGAUGUAUUCACACUAUCUGAUUUGCAUAAUGGAAAAACUGGAUACCAAACAGGUAUCAUAGCGCUAAAGGUCCUCGGGGUUAUCUGCAUCCUCGUCCUCCUCGCAGUCGUGGGGUGCUUCAUCGUGAGGAAGAGGAUUUCCCAACAUCUGCCUGUGCCGGUUAUACACAACACUAUGGCUGCCACAGAAGAGAACGGAGACUCUGAGAUCUACAAUAGAACCACAAAACCUCAUCUGACUCGCUCAUUUUACCAUCCUAGUUUUUUUGAUAAGAAAGAGAACUUUGUUAUCGUCUGAAUGACAUAAGCAGAGCAGAGGCUAGAACGACUGCAAUCAUUUUUAUUUAUUUCAUUUUUUCUUCUUUUUUUUUUUUUUGCUCUGUAUUUUAAAUAGGUUAUGAUUCAGUCAAUCAUUCUCACUUUCUUUGGUUAUCCUAAUUUCAGAUUAAGAGGUGUAUCAAUCUUUGUUUUAGUUUGUACUGGUUUUUAUUUUUGCUUUAUUACUUUAAUUUUCAAGGUUUUAAAGCAUGAACUUUUUUACAUGGAAAUAUUUGUGUUUAUUCCAUCAUUAGUUUAUUUCUGAGUUUGAAAAACCUAUUUAGGUGAAAGAUUAAGUUAUAAUACAAAUAACCAAUACGGUUCAACAUCAAUUCACUUUUAUUUUUAGUAGAUAAUACAAGAUAAGUUCUUUAUGUUUUUGUCUAAUAUGUGUAUAUGUGAUUUAAAACAUAAAUGUAAUGUUUGAUGUGGUCAAAGAGGUAUUUUUGUUUUUCAGUUUUGGUGUUUUAAAUGGUUUGUGCGUCAACGUAAUUUUGAAAAUAAAUGAUUUUUUUUUUUAAAGUCCUUUACCUUGACCAUGAAUUUGAUAAACACAGCAUUCCAUGAGCAAUAGCGCUGAGUGGCAGACAUAAAUAGUAGUUUGGAGGGAAAAAACAAGUGGUUGUUGUUCUAACGAUAAUU